UGGAGUUUUGUUUACCGAGUGACGGUCAGACUCACUGGAAGGUGGUGAUGGUGGUGGAGCGGCAGCACAUUUCAACACUCUACACUCUACACUGCUCCACAAACAGACAGCCCAUAAGUGUGCAAAAAUGGCCUCAAAGAAAGCCUCGGAAACAAGUAAACGAGAGGUGAAUGUGUCCGGGAUGUCAUUCCUUCGCGGCUCGGCCAACUAUGUAUGGUGCACAACCUCAGUGCUUGGGAAGGGAGCCACUGGGGCAGUGUUCCAGGGUGUCAACAGACACACUGGUGAGCCUGUGGCGGUGAAGACUUUCAACCAGCUGUCCCACAUGCGGCCUCAUGAGGUGCAGAUGAGGGAGUUUGAGGUGCUGAAGAAGGUCAAUCAUGAAAGCAUAGUGAAGCUGCUGGCCAUUGAGGAGGAGGGAAACAAAAAGAAAGGAAGGCUUCCAACAUCAUACGCCAGCCAAUCACAUCACCGGCGUCGAGCGUACACCAGCUGGACCACCCACGCAGAUAACAGGACUCCGCAACACAGACGCGCACGCACGCACGCACGCACAUCACCUACAGAAACAUCUGCUGGCAUGAAGCACCUGCGAGACAACAACCUAGUGCACCGUGACCUCAAGCCAGGAAAUAUCAUGAAGUUUAUAGACAUUGACGGCUCCACCAUCUACAAACUGACAGACUUUGGGGCGGCACGAGAGCUUCAGGACGACCAGCAGUUCAUGUCUCUCUAUGGCACAGAGGAAUACCUGCACCCAGACAUGUAUGAGCGAGCCGUCCUCAGGAAGCCUGUUGGAAAGACCUUUGGUGCCAGGGUGGACUUGUGGUCUAUAGGUGUGACACUCUACCAUGUAGCAACUGGAAUGUUACCCUUCCGGCCUUAUGGUGGCAGACGCAACAAAGAGACCAUGUACCACAUCACUACAGAGAAGGCACCGGGAGUAAUUUCUGGGGUCCAAACCUCAGAAAAUGGUCCCAUUGAGUGGUGCACCACCUUGCCGGAAACCUGCCAGCUUAGCCUUGGUUUGAGGAAAUUGGUGACACCCUUACUGGCAGGCUUACUGGAGGUUGACCCACAAAGAAUGUGGAACUUUGAGAGGUUCUUCCAAGAAGUGACUAUGAUUUUGAGCAGAAAGGUAGUACAUGUGUUUCUGGUCAACAAAGUGCAGCCACUCACCAUCUAUAUGGACCCAGAACAUAGAUAUGAGGAGCUUCAGUACUUGAUAUGUGAACAAACAGACAUGAAUCCAGUGAACCAGCUUCUGCUUUAUGACAAGAAGCACUUCAGUUCAGUGGUAGCCAUGGACCAGCCUGCAUCCUCAUACCCAUCCACCACACCUCGCACCCCAUUGGUUCUCUUCUCUAAGCAGGACGAUGAUGUCACACUCACUUUGCCUGAAACACCUGCGGUAAAGUUUGGCAGCUUCCCGGCGCUGGUGAGUGUGGAGCACGAUGCCACAGUGGGGAAGUCCAUGUGUGCCGUGGGUCAUGCUGUCAAACGUAAGAUUGACUACUUCUCAAAGUGUGUCCAUCUUAUUGAAUACAGUGUUCUCAUGUUCAUUGAAGUCAUUGUCCAGGAGCUAACAAACUUGAGGUCACAGCUGAGCCAUGUGCAGGCACUCACAUCUACUGUGAGUGACCGCUUCAGUCAGCUUGUUGCAAAUCACCGCAGGUUUCUCAUGCUGACACAGAUGUGUGGAGGAAACCAGGAUGUGUCAACACAGGCACUGAGGGAGCGAAUGGAGGACUUGGUGAACAAUAAAGUUGAUACUGAGAAAUCGAACCACUCGCACCCUUGGUCGGGGAGGCUGGAGGAGCUGGUGCAGGGUGCAGGGGCGCAGGACAGGGUGGUAAGAGACUCUCUGAACGCCAUAGUUCCUGUGGUGAACCAGCUGUUUGAAAGGGUGGUGACGGGAGCACAGCUGCGGCGACAGUGGCAGCAGGUCAGGAGUGAUGCAGCAUCUGUGGAGCGAGCACCAAACAAGGCAGCCACUCUAGUCAAUAAACUGCGGGAAUCUUGGCAGCACCUACUUAGAGACAGAGCUGCGAGAACAUUGACUUUCAAUGAUGAGCAGUUUCACUUGUUGGAGAAAAUGAAAAUUAAGGAAACAGCUAAAAGCUUGGAGACGCUGCUGGCCUCAGUCACUGCCACAUUGCACUGUACCACUGACCACCUGGCAGACUGGUGCAAAGUGGCAAAAGUCCAGCGAGUGCAGACUGAGAUAGAACAGGCAGAUCUAGAAAAGCACGAGGCACUUCUGUAUUCCUUCCAAACUACACUUGGGGACACUGAGGAGAGCUAUCACCUCACCCUUUCAGAGCUUCUAGCCACCAUCAAGGACAGAAAGCUACAGGAUGAUGCCAGGCUGCAAAUUGAGAAUGAUGAGGGCAGUGACAGCCGAACCUCUGCUAGGACAAUAGACUCCAAGGACAGUAAAAAGUCAAGGAAAGACAGCAUCAACAGAACCAGAGUUAGACUUUCAUUGCAGGAGAUGUGUGAGGCUCAGGAGGAGGUGAUGAGGUUGCUCCAGGAGAAUGGAACUAUAAUCAAGAGGUUUCAGCGCCUCACAGCCCUAACCCAGUCCAGCUCUGAUGAAGGAUAGCUAUAUAUCAACAGAUUUUGCAGGUCAAACACUCAGACAUACAUUUUAUAAUUUUAUAUGAAUGGAAAUAAGUAAGCUUUCAGUAGAAAAGAGGCCUUGCUAUGUACAAACUUCCUACAAUCAGCAAAACAACCAUUUGGUCCAUUCAUUCAUAGCUUCCAACUGGAUCAUCAACCAGACUGGUUCCUGCAGAAUGUACACAUUUGCUUUUACCUCUCUUCUCUAAGAGAUUCACUAGUAAUAGUCAAAAUCAUUAAGUUAAGACAUGAAUUGAGUUUUAGAUUAUUUUUUUUUUUUUUUUGUUUUAUGGUGUUUUUCAUGUAAUUAUCAUGAAUAAUAGUAUAUAAUAAGUUCUAAUCAUGAGUUUGCUAAUGAGCUGUAGAUAAAGGAAAAAGAGAGGUGGUAAGCAGCUGGUGCCAAGCUAUACUCCUAAGACAACAGGGUCAUCAUAGAACAAACAACCAACCAUUAUUGUUUUUCACAUACAGCUAUGGCUAAAAAUUGCUUAUCAACUAUUAUUCUCAUUAUCUAAAAUCUUUCAACAUUAUCAUAUUUAAGAGAACUUUAUUUAAU